GAUCAACAUAACCUCUUUGAUUGAAGUUUAGCUUCUGUCACCUCGUGGUGAUUUGUUAUUGCAACUUGUUUAUUUAUUAUUGGGUUUGUGUUAAUAUUUAGGAUUAAAAAUGGGGAUGAGAAAGAAGAAGUUUAAAGCGGGAGAAGCUACAGAGUACUGGAGCAGAACCACGGCCAUGAAAAAGCUCCAACUGUCUUUGAAAGAUUUUCGCAGAUUGUGUAUUUUGAAAGGAAUAUAUCCAAGAGAACCAAGGAAUAGAAAGAAGGCCCAACGCGGGGACACCUCCAUCAAAACACUUUACCACAAAAAGGACAUACAGUUCUUGAUGCAUGAGCCAAUCAUAUGGAAAAUACGCGAACAACGAACCCAUGGCAAGAAAAUUGGUCGCGCUCACUCAUUGAAAGAGUUCAAAGAAAUGAAACGGCUUCUCAACUCCUACCCGGAAAUGAAAUUGGAUCAUCUUGUUAAAGAAAGAUACCCGACAUUCAUCAGCGCUCUACGUGACCUGGACGACUGUCUGACAAUGUGCUUCCUGUACGCCUCGUUUCCGCUGGUGAACCCGUUGCCGCGCGAACAGCCCCUGCUCUGCCGCCGGCUGAGCUUUGAGUUCAUGCAUGCUGUGAUUGCCGGCCAAUGGCUGCGUAAGGUCUUCAUCUCCAUUAAGGGCUACUACUUUCAGGCUGAGAUCAAGGGCCAAACGGUCACCUGGAUUAUGCCGCAUCACUUCUGUUUUGCGCCCACUACAAAAGACGAUGUGGAUUUCAAGAUCAUGUCGACUUUCACUUCAUUCUACCUGGUGCUGUUGGGAUUUGUCAACUACAGACUCUAUCAUUCUCUCAAUCUAUCCUACCCUCCAAAAGUUACAUUUGUUGAUCCUGACACUGACUCGAAUCUGAUGGACAGAGAGAACUCUCUGUGUGAGAGGGUAGCAGCUCUGAACAUUCCACUACAAAAAGCAACGCAAGCGCAACCAGUUGAGGAAGAAGAAUGCGAGAUUGAUACGUUCAAUACGGGUGAGAGCGAAGAGCAACUGGAAAAGGCCAGAAUCGAAGCCGAGAAGAUCAAGAAGCUGAAGACGCUGUUCAAAGGGCUGAAAGUGUUCGUGAACCGCGAAGUGCCGCGCGAACCAAUCGUGUUCACGCUGCGAUGCUUCGGUGCCGAGGUGUCCUGGGAUGAGUCACUCAUGGUCGGCUCCACCUUCAAUGAAACCGACGAAACCAUCACACAUCAGAUUGUCGACAGACCAAUGAUCGACAAGCAGUAUAUAUCGAGGUAUUACGUUCAACCACAAUGGAUAUUCGACUCAGUAAACACGAGAGAACUGUUGCCUGAAGACAGAUACUUUGUGGGAAUGAGGCUGCCUCCUCAUCUGUCUCCGUUCGUCGAAACUCACGAGAAAUCAGACGAUUACGUUCCUCCCGAACAGAUUGUCAUGGAGACUGACGGAAAUACUGAAUCAAUCAGUUCUCUGCUUCCAACUAACAAACGCAAGAAGAAGAAUAAGGAGAGGAAGACAAAGGAUAACAGUGACAACGAAGAUGGAGGAAAUGAAGAGAAAGAGCCGAUUACCUCUGAGAAUGUUGAUCGAGAACAAGUGAUUGAGAGACUCAGGGAAGAGAAGACAAGGUGGGAGAAGUUGAAAGAGUCGCGGUCCCAAUCAAUCAGUUCUCUGCUUCCAACUAACAAACGCAAGAAGAAGAAUAAGGAGAGGAAGACAAAGGAUAACAGUGACAACGAAGAUGGAGGAAAUGAAGAGAAAGAGCCGAUUACCUCUGAGAAUGUUGAUCGAGAACAAGUGAUUGAGAGACUCAGGGAAGAGAAGACAAGGUGGGAGAAGUUGAAAGAGUCGCGGUCCCAAUCAAUCAGUUCUCUGCUUCCAACUAACAAACGCAAGAAGAAGAAUAAGGAGAGGAAGACAAAGGAUAACAGUGACAACGAAGAUGGAGGAAAUGAAGAGAAAGAGCCGAUUACCUCUGAGAAUGUUGAUCGAGAACAAGUGAUUGAGAGACUCAGGGAAGAGAAGAACAUUUUCGACUCAAGUUUCAAAAUUCUGAAGAAUCUAUUUCUAUUAUUUUAUUUAUUUCUCAUUGGAUGUUUUGUUACAGAAUCAAUCAGUUCUCUGCUUCCAACUAACAAACGCAAGAAGAAGAAUAAGGAGAGGAAGACAAAGGAUAACAGUGACAACGAAGAUGGAGGAAAUGAAGAGAAAGAGCCGAUUACCUCUGAGAAUGUUGAUCGAGAACAAGUGAUUGAGAGACUCAGGGAAGAGAAGAAAAAGAAAAUGGGCGUCAAAGAAGGACAGCCUGUGAAAGAGGAUCCCAACGAAAAGAAGGCAAUUGACAGACAGGAAUUGAAGCUAAGGGAGAGAAUGAUUCCGCGAAAGUACAAGAACCUCUACAACAGCAUGGUGAAGGAGAAGACAGAUAAGAGACGUGACAAGAAUGUGCUUCUGAGAAAGAGGAUCAAGUUGGAAAAGAAGAAGAAACGAGAGGCAGCUGAAGCCAGUGCCCAACAAUAAACACGUUGUGUAUGUAUUCUGUUGCAAUAAAUGCUCUUAUUUUUAAA